AUGAAUUAAUAAUUAUAUGAACCUAUGGUUUGUUAAAAGGAUUAAAUACCUAAUCAAAUUAAACAAGGCUACUGCAACAAAAAUACUAAUAUUUUUAUUUGUUAUGAUUAAACAAAAAAAGCAUUAAUACCAUUAAAAUUUUCAAAAUAUUCAUGCAAGAUAUUAUCUAGUCUAUGCAUAGUAGAAUUAGAUUUGAUAUAUUCUACUGAAAAAUAGAAUUAGCCAAUAGAAUUGGAAUAUGUAUUUUCAAUUAAUGAAAAUGCCGCUGUAACCAAAAUGAUUGUAUAACUAGGAGAAAUUAAAGUUUAUGGAGUAGUAAAAGAAAAGGAGGAAGCUAAAUUAGAAUAUGAAGAAGGUAUAAAACAAGGAAAAACUAUGGCAUAUAGUGAAUAAGAUACGAGAUUUCCUUAAAUAAAAAGAGUGAAAAUAGGAUAACUUGAGCCAAAUAAAUAAUUAAAAAUUAAGUUUGAGUAUAUAUAACCUUUAUAAGUUUUUCUUAAUAAAUUUUGGAAAUUAGAAUUAUUUCCGAUUGUGGAUUAAAAUUAUGUAACUAAGAAUAUGAUUGGUAUUCAUGAUGAAUAGAUUUAUGGAUAUCUAAAUAGAUUAUUUCAUAUUAAUGAUUUUAAGUUUGAAUUUAGAUAAGACAUCUAAGUGGAAAUAAAUUUUGAUUCCAAUAUUACAUUUUGGAAAUCUCCUACUCAUAAACUAGAAUAAAAAAAUGUUAUAAUAAAUGAAGAUGUUAAAACUUAAGAAAAUAAUAAAGAAUUAAAACUUGUUUUAUAGGAUAUUCCUAAUAAUUAUAUACCUACUAAAUAGUUUACCUUACUUUUUUCUUCAGAUAAAAUUAAUUUACCUCGUGCUAUACUUAGUCAUACUAAUAAUGAUGCUUUACAAUAUUAAAAAUAUUGUGCAACAUUAACAUUCAUUCCAAAAUUUAAUGAGAUAUCUUUAGAUGAUGCUUAUACACAAUAUUUAGAUGGUUUAAAUAUAGCUGAAAAUCAAGUAAUUAAAAGAGGUAAUUACUUAUUUAUUAUUGAUCGAAGUGGUUCUAUGAGUGGAUCAAGAAUUAGAAAGGCAAAAGAAUCCUUAAUUUUAUUUCUAAAAAGUUUACCUUAAGAUUCUGAGUUUAACAUAAUUUCAUUUGGUACCAAUUUUUAAUCAUUGUGGAAAGAAUCCGAAAAAUAUUCAUAAAAAACAUUAGAAAUAGCAAUAAAUCAUGUUUAAUAAAUGGACGCUAAUAUGGGAGGAACUUAAAUAAUUACUCCAUUAAAGGAAAUGGUAUAUAAUAAAAGUUAUGGAGUUUCUAAUAAAACAACUUUAAAUGUAUUUUUACUUACUGAUGGAGAGGAUGAAGCUGAUCCUAUUAUUAAUAUGGUUAAAAAGAAUAAUCUAGCCUAAACUAGAAUCUACACUUUAGGAAUAGGUGAAGGUUGUAGUUAAUAUUUAAUAAGAAGAGUGGCUGAAGUUGGAAAUGGUAAAUAUUAAAUUGUUAGUGAUAAGGAGGAUAUUAAUGAAAAAGUAAUUGAUUUAUUGGAAGAUUCAUUAACUCCAUAUUUAUAAGCAUUUACUUUAGAAACAAAUUUUAAUAAUAUAGUUUAAAUUAUUCCUAAUCCAGAAUCAAUUGUUUCUUUAAAAAAAAAUGAAGAACUUACAAUUUCAAUUCUUUUUUCAAAUGAAUAAAUAUAAGAAAACCUUGAAUUUAAAAUCAAUUGUUUUGAUCCUUAAAAUGAAAAACAAAUGUCAUAUUCUGUAAAAUUAAAUUUAAAUUAAUCUUAAAAUAAUGAAUAUUUUCAUAAAUUGGCUACACAUAAAUUUAUAACUUAUUAUGAAAACUCAAUUAAAUAUGGAGAACAACAUGUUAAUUUUAUCAAGCUUAAUAGAUAAAAUAUUAAUUCAAAUGAUAUUAUUAACUUAUCAAUUUAAAAUCAAAUACUAUGUUCUUAAACAGCUUUUAUUUGUGAAGUUUGCAAUUUUGAUGAUUAAUUUAAAUAAUAGAUAUAAUCAAAAGUAUAUAUGCCUAAAUAAGAAAAGUUUCAUACUCUUGGAGUUGAUUAUAAUGAUCAAAAACUCAUGUAUAAAAGCUAAAAGAAACGGAGUUUGUAACUUAAUUAACCUUAUAAAAGUCAAAGUUCAGCUGGCUGUUGUGGGGGAGGUGGAUCUUAAAAUACUAACUUUAAAUCAAGCACAUAUUCUAUUUCCACUCAGAAAUAAUAACAAUUUGAUAUCUAAAAUCAACCUUUAUUAUAACAACAAAAAACAAAUUAAAAAAUAGAUAAAGUAAAUAAUAAUUAGGUUACAUAUGAAUAAUUGAUCAAAUUUGCUUAAGCAGAUGGAAGCUUUAAAAUUAAUAAAGAAAUUAAAACAAUUAUCAAUUUUAAGAAUCUGUAAAAUCGUUAAAAUCUAGAAGAUGAUAUUUGGUUUACUUUCCUUAUUUUAUUAUAUUUAGAAAAUUAUUUUAGUCAAUUUAAAAAAUCAUGGUAGUUGGUUUAUUAAAAAGGAAUAUCAUAUUUAAAAUAAAAUGGAAUAGAUUAUAAAUCAAAGAAAAAUGAAUAUAAAAUAUGA